GUUAGUCAACAAAUCGCCUCCGAUCUGUCAUUGAUACGUUAAAAGUUACAUUGUCAACAUUUUUUUUCUCCUAUUUCGUCGGUAACCUAUCCUAGAAUUUUGCACACGUCAAGCUCGGGGUAUUUCAACUUCAUUGUAUUAAAAAUUAGUCAUUUCUAUGGUAACUCGAUUUACUGUAAAACCAUCUUAACGGGAAAGUUGCGUUGCUAUACUGAGGUCAUUGCCGGAGCUGGUAGAGUAAUAGGUAACAGCAAUCAGCAUGUCAGCAACGAUCAACAGUACGCUGCGACUGCCGUGGCAGGACUGGCAGGUGGCAGUUGGUGCCGUUGGUGCGUUGGUGGCAGUCGGCUGAUAAUUCGACAGUUACGAGUCGUGGCGUGAAGCAGUCUUUACCGUCCUUGGCAGUCUGUGGCAGUCUGAUUUUCGUGUCGUUUGCAUCGCUCGCAGUACGGCUCCUCGCCAGUCGAACUACUUAUAUUUGCUCUGCUAGCAUCUAUUGUCAACACAAGACUGUUUUGUCAAGUCGAUUAAUCGUCAAUUAACGUUAACAAUGGCAUCGUACGUAACUGAUUUUUACAAUAGUAAAAGCGUUUUUAUUACCGGUGGCACCGGUUUCGUCGGCGUCUGCUUGAUAGAGAAACUUUUGAGAUGUUGCCCUGAUAUCAAGAAUAUUUAUUUGCUAAUGAGACCGAAGAAGGGAAAGCAGAUCAUGGAGAGAUUGGAGGAAUUGACGAAGAACUCGGUCUUUAAUCGAAUAAAGGAAGAGAAACAAACCGAUUUAUUUAAGAAAUUAAUCGCAAUUGCCGGAGAUGUUGGUGAAGAAAAUUUGGGAUUGUCUUCACAAGAUCGAACAACCUUAAUAAAUACAGUAGAAGUCAUUUUCCAUUCAGCCGCUACGUUGGACUUUGAAGCCGAUCUAAAGACUACAACAAAUAUUAAUUUAUUAGGAACUCGCAGAAUCGUCCAACUCUGUCGAGAGAUUAAAAGACUCAAGGCGCUGGUUCAUGUUUCUAGUGCGUAUGUUAAUGCAGUAUUACACAACGUCGAUGAAAUAAUAUAUCCUGCGCCAGCGGAUGUAAAUACAAUUUUAAAGCUAGUUGAUACACUAGAUGAUGCUACCUUAAAUUCCAAAACACCAGAGAUAUUAAAAAAUCAUCCAAAUCCUUAUACAUUCACCAAACAUUUGGCUGAACACGAAGUAUUAAACGGAGGUUUUCCAGCGACUAUCGUUCGUCCUUCAAUGAUAGCGGGAGCAUGGAAAGAACCAGUUCCAGGAUGGACAAUAUCAAAGAAUGGACCACAAGGUUUUAUAUUAGGUGCCGGUAAGGGUGUCGUAAGAAGAUUACCAGUUGCAAAACAUCUUAUUUAUGAUUACAUUCCAGUAGAUAUGGUCGUAAAUAGUUUGAUUGUUGCAGCUUAUAAUGUCGAUCGUGACAGCGACAAAGGGUUAAAGGUGUAUCACUGUACAUCUAGCACGUGUAACUCUUUCAAAUGGGAGUUUAUAGAAAAGGAAAUUAAUACCUAUUUACACAACUAUCCGUUACGAAGCGCCGUUUGGUAUCCAUAUCUCAAAUCUAUUCCUGCUUAUAUUUUGGAUGCAAUAACACGAUUAUGUGGAGGCCGUCCUAUCCUAGUUCGUUUGCAUACAAAUAUCAACAAAUCAUUAGAACGCCUUGAGAAAUUUAUCUUUCAAGAAUGGAGAUUUAAUAAUCCGCGCUUGUUACAGUUGCACGAAUCAUUAUCACUAGAAGAUCAAAAAUUAUUUACUCUUGAUAUGAGACCAUUAAUCUGGAAAGACUAUUUUACAGAUUUGAUACAAGGUGUCAGAACAUAUCUUCAUAAUGAAUCUCCAAAAUCUUUACCGAAAGCACAUUCCAAACAUAAAAUUCUUACGAUUGCUCAUCUGGGUUUACAAGCUGCUCUAUUAGGUUUGAUUUGGUGGCUGAUUAAAGUUUUAUUUGCUACAACGUGGACAAAAACUGGUUUAGUUGUACCAAUGACAUAUUUGCUAUUUGAUCAGUUAUAAAUAUUAAAAUAUACUAUAUUCCAGUAUAAUCUAAUAAUCCAUAAAUACUACUA